AGCGUGCCCGCUCGAGACGUAUCACCAACAUCCUCCCCCUCAAUCCUCUUGCAUACCUUCAUAAGCCGGCCUCUCUAGGUGCAUUGGACGUAUCCGCCCCGUACCCCCCGCACUAGAUUGCCAGAAUCUGCAAAUCAUGGCCUCUUUCUUCGCAAACGUUCGCCAAGGAUUGGCUGGUCGAUCCAACAAGGGCCAACAGCAGCAGCAGGGCAAAGGCGGCUCUGCAUCACCAACAACACCAUACUCGGCAUCACCAACUUCUCAACAACCUCCCGGCCAACCGCCUAUGCCGCAUUCUCCAGCUUUGUCGUCUGCCAUGUCGUUCGAAAGCCAAGGUGCUCCGUCGGAUGGGUCCGUGCCAUCUGGCUCCCGCAGACCGCCUUUCUUCUUCCGCGAGGAGUACUCCAACUUGAUUGUCAAGGGUAACUUUAUGACUUUGGCUGCAAAGCCGAAGCUUGUCGAAGAGGGUGAAUGGCUCGCACAUCAGGUUGUUGAGCAGUACCGGCUACUGGAGCAGAUGAUUGAGAUCAUCAAGGUAGUAGAUGACAGGACAGGCAAGCCUGUCUGCAACCCAGAUACAUGUCCUACAAUGUCUGCCAGCGGCCAUACUUACACCUGGCUGGACAACAACAAGAAGCCCAUCAAGAUCCCUGCAAUCCAGUACAUCAACCUCGUACAAAAGUGGAUUGUAGGCAAGAUCAACGACCCCAACAUCUUCCCCACAGACACCACAGCCAUUUCCAUCGGAGCAUCAACGUACGCUUCUGGUUCCAUGACGCCCACCUCAACCCCACAGCCUCUCCCACCGAGCAACUCCAAUGCUCCAUUGUCCCAACUCGCCGGGCGUGAGUGGCUCGGCAAGUCGUCUGGUUUCCCCGAGACUUUUGAAGGCGACAUCAAGAGUAUCUACCGCCAGAUGAUGCGGUGCUAUGCACACAUUUACCACGGCCACUGGCUAGAUCCCUUCUGGAACGUGAGCGCGUACAAGGAGCUAAACACGUGCUUCAUUCACUUCAUCAACGUCGGCAAGCUCUUCAACUUGAUCGGCGACAAGGAAAUCGAGCCCAUGCAGCCGCUGGUCGACCUCUGGGCUGAGAAGGGUCUACUCCCACCAAUCACGGCAGCCAAGGAGAACGCACCGCCGAAGAGCUCACAUGGGCAGCAGGCUGCACCCGCGUCUUAAACAUGGGCAUAGUAUUCCAAUUCAGUAACGAACAUGGGCGCCAUUUGAUAUGGAGUACCCAUCAGCAAGCUUUCAAUAUUUCUCGCCUUGCAUGGGUAGCGUGAGGGUCUGGAUGGGGAUGACUGGCGUUCUGGCAUGUAUUACGAUUUGCGCAAUGUAGUCCUACAUGUGAAAGGAGCAAUGAAUAUUUUGAAGCAAACUGCAAUCACUCUACACACAUGCAAUCAAAGCGGUGAAUAGUAAGAAGAGACUCAAAUUUGAUAGUACCACGUAAAGUA